CAAACGUUCACAUGGACCCUCGAGAGAAUGAGUUACAAUAAAAGAUGGCGGAGGAAAGGAACCGUGGAAAUUAUAUGGGCUGAAUAAUUUCAAAGCAAAACAUACAAAAAAGUAUCCUUUGUGGAGACGGAAGAGAGUGUACAAAGGCAGAGGAGCGAUGACUGUUGUGUGACGCAGGGGACAUACGGCUGUUGGAUAUUUUUUUUACUGCAACAGAAGAGUGGACCGAAAGCCUUUCGCAUAAAAAGACAAAAAAACAAAAUAAGACAGAAAUGAACGGGGACAUGUUACUAAACAGCCACUCCAUCACUCUCCGAAACCAGAACCACAGCAAGUCCAAAUCCCCUGCCCUUGAUGAGAUGACCAUCAAACUCAUACAGGAGGGAAAGUACACUGGACGCUGCUCUAUACAGAAUGAUGCACAGAGACAAGGUGACGUAGCCAGGAAACUCAACUCUGAGGCGGCAUUCGUCCUGAAGCUGGCGGAUCGUGAGGAGAGCCACAGCCAGCGGCCCUGCAGGACAGAAGAGCACCAGGCCCCCCAGCAGCUUCUCCACUUCUCCCCAGUCUCCUGCCUCCAUGCCCCAUCUGAGCACUCCUCCCCUCCUGCCCCCAGUAACAUCACCCACACCCUCCUCGCCAACAGCACCUCCAUUCACCUCGCCAACCAAAGGAGGGACAUCCGACGCAAGGCCAAAGGAAAGAAGUCAACACUUAGAAUGGCAGAGAGCGGAAAUUCCCAAAACCGCAAAGUAACAGACUACUAUCCUAUAAGGAGAAGUUCCAGGAAAAGCAGAUCAGAGCUGAAGUGUGAACAAAAGAAACACAUCGAUGAUCUGAUCAUAAAUGGGGUCGAGGAAGGAAUGGAGGUGCAGCAUAUUGAUGGGAAGGGUCGAGGAGUGUUUGCCACCCAGUGUUUCCAGAAGGGACAGUAUGUAGUGGAGUACCAUGGAGACCUGCUGCAGAUCACCGAUGCCAAAACAAAGGAGGCCGAAUACGCUCUCAACCCUACCACCGGCUGCUACAUGUACUACUUUCAGUAUAUCUGUAAAACCUACUGUGUGGACGCCACGAAAGAAACGGGUCGCAUGGGUCGUCUGAUCAACCACAGUAAGAAUGGCAACUGUCAAACCAAACUCCAUGAUAUCAACGGGAUACCUCACCUCAUCCUGGUGGCAUCGCGAGACGUUGAUGAGGGCGAGGAGCUGCUCUACGACUAUGGCGACCGCAGCAAAUCUUCCAUCGCAUCCCACCCCUGGCUUAAAUAUUGAUGGAGACAGCUCGAAGAAGAAUGCUAACAACACCAUGGUUUCUUAAUAGAUUGUUUUUUUAAUGUAAAAAUUGCCUUAGCAACAGAAUGUGUUAGCACAUUUUUUUCAGAGGGGGGAAUGGGCGUGUGUGUGCGCACAACCUAGGAGGAGGCAGUUUCGAGGAUGGGUUAGGUUACAGUGACUUAAACACAUUUAGAUCCAGAUACAUCUUCUAAAUGUUUGCUGACAUCAAUACUUUUUAAUAUAUUUAUCCGUCUAUAUGAAACAUGCUAGUUUUUUCCAGCACAUUUCUUUUUGUAUAUUUUGUAUUACUGGUAGACCAGUGCUUCCACGGCAUGCAGGUUGUAGUUUAGUGUAAUGCAUUUUUAUACAAAGUUUUUCAUAAUCGGUUGUAUAGUAGUUAGUUGCUCAGCAAUAAUUAUAUUUAUGGUGCCAGAGCCCUUUCUGAUUGAUGCAGAAAUAUGAGAUGCAAACUUAUGAGCCCUCUUGAAAAGUUUCCAAAAACUGGAAUAUGAUUCCAACCAUUGAAACUUACAAUAUUUGAAAUGUAAAUUUUAUGCCAUGUUAAGUAGAGUUGUUUUAUGAACUUGAACAAAUCUAUACCAUCUUAACACACAACUGUAAAAAUGUCCACAAACAAAUGCUCCAUAAGGAAGUAUUUAAAUACAUAUGAAUGCUCGGGUGGAGGCAUUGUUGAAUAAACAUGUUUUAUGCAAAGUA